AUGACCUUGCUGAGAAGGAAGAAUGACUGUAGUAUUCUAGUCCGCACCGUCCUGAGACAUCGCCAUGCGCAUGCUGUGUGCCGCGUCGGUGCGGGCGGUAGCGAAAGCAUUUACACCUGCCUUUCCUUCUUGUUUAAUCUCGAUCUCCUUUUUUACGAGAAACCUAAGAAGUGGCUGUGUGCCGCAGCCCCUCGGCCGUCUGUGCGCGGCCUCGGCUGCGCUGUCCCCAGCCUGGGGCUCUGGUCCCUUCGGCCUCAGCUCAGACGUCUGUCUGUCGCCAGUCCGAGGGGCCGACCCUGCCCGCCCUGCACACGCAGCACCUCCCCCGGCGCACCCCGCGCUCCCCAGGCCUGCCCAAGCGCCCCCUUGCUCCCUCGCACCGGACGCUCCUCUGCCUGUGCCCGCCCGCCCCCACCCCCAGGACUGGGGUCAGCAGCGAUCGGGCCCCAAAGCUGCCGCAGCCCACAUGCCGUUGUCCGGAAAGGAAUUACGGAGAACUCGUCCCUAGCAGCUGACGUCCCCAGGCUUGGCUAUAGUUCCUCGUCCAAUCACAAAUAUAUUCCUCGGAGGGCAGUGCUGUACGUACCUGGAAAUGAUGAAAAGAAAAUAAUGAAGAUUCCCUCCCUGAAUGUAGAUUGCGUGGUGCUCGACUGUGAAGAUGGUGUGGCUAUGAACAAAAAGAAUGAAGCUCGAUUGAGAAUAGUAAAAACCCUUGAAGAUUUUGACCUGGGCCCGACUGAAAAGUGUGUACGGGUCAGCUCGGUGGCCAGUGGUCUGGCCGAGGAAGACCUGGCGACCAUCCUGCAAUCCCAGGUCCUCCCUUCCAGCCUGAUGCUCCCCAAGGUGGAAAGUCCUGAAGAAAUCCAGUGGUUUGCAGGCAAAUUUUCAUUCCACUUAAAAGGCCGAAAACUCGAACAACCAAUGAAUUUAAUCCCUUUUGUGGAAACCGCAAGGGGUUUGCUCAAUUUUAAGGCCGUGUGUGAAGAAACCCUAAAGAUCGGGCCUCAAGUGGGUCUUUUCCUAGAUGCAGUUGUUUUUGGAGGAGAAGAUUUUCGAGCCAGCAUAGGUGCAACAAGUAGUAAAGAAACCCAGGACAUCCUCUACGCCCGACAAAAGAUUGUCGUUGUGGCCAAGGCCUUUGGCCUACAAGCCAUAGAUCUGGUGUACAUUGACUUCCGGGAUGGAGAGGGGCUGCGUAGGCAGUCGAGAGAGGCCGCCGCCAUGGGCUUCACCGGUAAGCAGGUGAUCCACCCGAACCAAAUCGCCGUGGUCCAGGAGCUGUUCACCCCUGCCCCAGAAAAAAUCCAGUGGGCUGAAGAACUAAUUGCUGCUUUUAAAGAGCAUCAGCAAUUAGGAAAGGGAGCCUUUACUUUCCAAGGGAGUAUGAUCGACAUGCCGUUACUGAAGCAGGCCCAGAACAUUGUUACGCUUGCCACAUCCAUCAAGGAAAAAUCAUCUGUUAAAUGAGGCGCUCAUCAGCACGUACUCUUAUAUUGAAGGCUAAAGGGUAUUGAAGCCGCAGAGGAUCAGCUUGUGCGUGCCAGAGGACGCCAAUGAAGUUUGAAACACCAACAAUCAGAGAUUUUGUUUCUGUUCCUCAUUAAAUCAUGAGCUUUUGUGUAGAGAC